AUUCCAACGUCAAAUCCUCGCUCUCUCUCUCCAUUUCUCCUCUGCACGGCGACUGCGUGUCUCGUCGGGGAGAAAGUCGGCCGAUCAGUCCGUUUUCGUCUGACGCUAGCAGCUAGUGUUGGUGUAGGUUCUAGCGGUGAAGUUCAAUUCAAAAUGUUGGAUAACCCUAGCAUGGAAUCAGCAGCUACUGCUGCCAAUAUUGCCACCGUCAGGCGCUACGCUCCUCCCAAUCAACGGAACCGAUCACUCGGAAGACGCAAAUCUGGAGGAGGUAUGAUUUAUGAGCCCAACUGUCUAAGCAACAAUUUGGUUUCAAUAUUAUGCUAUAUUGGUGUGCCAUUGCUGAUUGCUGCUCCUUUCUAUUUCGAGCGAGUACAUGCGUCUGAUUUAGAAAGACUGGAACGUGCAAACAGUUACUCAAAUGAUGGAGAGAAGAACGCAAUAGGCACCGUUAGAAGUAUUCCCAUGACAGAUCAUGGAGAUGCUGGUGGAAACAAUCGCACAAAUGGGAAUCCUCGUUUUAAGUCAAUACCUUUACAUGGGUGUUGCAAUAGUGAAGCUCUUCAGCUUUUGAAUGACCGUUGGACAGCUGCCAUGAGUGCAUUCAAUAAUUUGCCAGAAGAUUCUACUGACAGGCCUGUCUUUUAUUCAAGAAAAAGUGCAUCAGCCUGGAAUCAAACUGUUCUUCCACAUUUGCUAAUGCAACAAGCAGAUGGGCCUUCUACUGGUUUGCAGGGGGACUUCUUGAGUGAACUCCAGCAGGCAAUGCACAAUGCAAAUACUGGUCUUACCGCGUAACUUGGACAUGGUUGAAAUGCAAUGAACUCAUUUGGAUGUCAGAAUAUUUUGAGGUGGGCCUAGAUACUUUAUUGUAUGCUCAUCAAAUCAGCUUUGUCUUGCUUGCUACUUAUUUGAUGUGUAUCUUUCUAGCUCAGAAGUGUCUGCAAUAUUACCGCUUCCAUGUGGGUGUGUUAAUGUGUUGAUUAUUAGAGUGCUGUCCUAAUGUAGUGAAUCUGUUAAAUUAUGGAAUUUUAUGACUGCUAUUAUUAUUAAAAAAAAAAAAGAAAAAAAAAAA